GAGGGGGUUCACUGGGGUCGUGAGCACCCAGGAGGCUCCAGAAUGCCCCACAGGACGGUAGAAGGGAGUUUCGCAGGGGUGGGGACAGCAGGAUACCUUUUGCAUAAGAAAUCCCUCCAAAAACUCAGCGUGCUUUCGUUCGGAGCGGGCACGUGUGUGGCCAGUACCGUAGGAGACACAGGUGAGCGCCCCUUUGCCUGCGACUGGCCAGGCUGCGACAAGAAGUUCGCGCGCUCCGACGAGCUGGCCCGCCACCAUCGGACGCACACGGGCGAGAAGCGCUUCCCCUGCCCGCUCUGCUCCAAGCGCUUCACCCGCAGUGACCACCUGACCAAGCACGCGCGUGGGGGUAAGGAGGCCGGGAACCCUGUCUCCAUCGCGCCGGGGCCCUUCUCCCCCGCAUGA